GAGCACGAUGACGUAGUUUCCGGUCUCACACACACACACACACGAUUUUCAACAACAAGGCGAGCCGAGCCGAGCCGAGCUGAGACUCCGAGACCAGGGCACCGCCAGAGCAAACGAGAAAUCCAAGAAGUAUCACCACAGAGGAAUUCCCUUCAACAAAUGAGGCAGAUGUUUUAGAGGGGGAAGCACGCCCCCCCCCUCCCCGCCCCUCCCCAUCCCCAGCACCCCCUCCCGCCCCCAAAGCAGAUCCAGUUGUGUGUCUCUACUGAGCCCCGCGAUGGAGAGGAUUUGAGGCAGCUCUCUCCUCAGGUGCGAGUCCUGAGUUGUGACACAGUAAGCUCAGGUUCUUUCGAGCCCCUUCUUCCCCCCCACCCCCAUCCUGCUAGUAAUAUGAGCCAUGGACUCCUGGGCAGUUGAUAGUCCGGUGACCUUGGUCAUCAAGGCCCCCAACCAGAAGUAUGGAGACCAGACCAUUAACUGCUUCCUCAACUGGACCGUGGAGAGGCUGAAGAGUCACAUCUCCAACGUGUACCCCAGCAAGCCGCUGUCCAAAGACCAGCGGCUGGUGUACUCAGGGAGGCUCCUUCAAGACCACCUGCAGCUCAGAGAUGUGCUCAGAAAGCAGGAUGAAUACCACAUGUUGCACCUAGUGUGCGCCUCUAAAAGCCCCCCGGCCUCGCCCGUGCCCCGGCCCCCCGCCGGGGCCAGCCCCGACGCCAGCAGUUCAGACAGCGCCGGCUCCACCCCCCACGCCAGUCAGCCAACCCCCUCUUCCUCCUCCUCCUCCUCCUCCUCUACCUCGGAGCCGGGAAGUUAUGACGGGCUGAGGUAUCGCGGCGGCGGCAUCCCGCAGUACAACCCUCAGGGCCCCGCCGGUGUCCCUCAGUGGCCAGACGGAGCCCAGGUCCCUUUGCAGGGGGACCUCCCGGGCAACAUGCCCCCCCACCCCAUGUACAUGCCCAUGCAGAUGCUGUGGUGGCAACAGAUGUAUGCGCGCCACUACUACAUGCAAUAUCAGGCGGCAGUAGCCGCCUCCCAGCCUCCGAGCGCCCCCGCACCUUCCCCACCCUCCCCUUCGCCCCUCCCACCCGCCCAGCCCAACGAGGCCGUGCAGCCCCCGCUGGGGCCCAACCCGGCCCCCAACCCGCUGCCCGAGAACCAGCCGGCCAACCCCAUCCAGAUGAACGCGCAAGGGGGGGCGGUGCUGAAUGACGACGAGCUGAACCGCGAUUGGCUGGACUGGUUGUACACGGUGUCGCGCGCCGGCGUCCUGCUCAGCAUCGUCUACUUCUACUCCUCCUUCAGCCGCUUCGUCAUGGUGGUCGGCGCCAUGCUGCUCGUCUACCUGCAUCAGGCUGGUUGGUUUCCCUUUAGGCCGGAGCAGCAGAACUUCAGAGGAGGAGGAGGAGGAGGAGCAGAACGCGCCGGGCCUCCUCAGGAGGAGGCAGGGAGACACCAGGACAUACAGGAAAUGGAGCGCCUGAUGGACGAGGGGAUGGAGGACGAUGACGACGGCAACAACAACAACGGUGAGGAAGGCGCCGGAGGUCCGGGGGACCGGGCCGCGGCUGCCGUCGUGCCCGAGCCCGGCUUCCUCACCACCGCCUGGUCCUUCGUUAGCACCUUCUUCACCUCCAUCGUCCCAGAGGGAAGGCACCAACCGGCCAACUAGGCAGAGUCCCCCUCCCUCCGUUCUCCUGUUAUACCGCUCGACUUAAGUAUCACAAUUGCCACCUAAAUACCCCUAAAGCAUCUUCAGUCACCCCGGUGCGUUGAUGUACCCCGAGACCUUCUGGUUGAACCCACCCAGGUGUCUGCAAUCCUUGUACAUUCAAAACAGGCCCCUCUGAGGUUUAAGAGCAGAUGUGUCGUAAUAAAGGAACUUAAAGAAAGUUCAUUUAACGUUGUGUCAAUGGAUUAAAUGCUUCAGCAGUGAUAUAUAUAUAUAUAUACAUUAUUUUUUUCCUUUAUUGGUCUUGAAUUAAUUGAGACGUGGUGAUGGUGAGAAGCUGAGGGGAGCUGUCUUCCAUUUCAAACAGUUAUUUGAAACAGCGUUUGAAACUUUUAAAUGAGGGAUGUGAUCCAGACAACAAAACAAAACCGUGAAAUCCCAAAAGACAUUUUCAUGUGUGCACACAAAGUGCAUAAAGACAUUGCAGCUACUGAAGCACAUUGUUUUUCCACUUUGUGUGUUUGAAUAUCAGUUACACAUGUAAGUAUAUGCAUCUCUAAUUCAUCAAUAUUUGCUUUUUUAAAUAAAAAAUCUUGCUGCAGUUUGA